CUUAUUCUUGACGAGGGACAGAUCGAGGAAGGUAUAGGUCAUGUAAAGGGGGCGCAAAAGAAUGACUUGGAAAGUAGUCGAGGAGAAAUGCUAGCUCAGAUAGGUGAAUUAAAAAAUCAAUACUUAGAAGAUCUGUGUGAAGCUCAUGAAUUUAAAGAAGCCUUAGGUGACGUUGAAGAAGUAGUUAUGGAGUUUUUGACCUCAAAGGAUAAACUCACUUCAGAUGAUAAGCAAAUUCUGGAGAUUGAAGCCAAUAAGUUUUUGAUCUCAAAAGACAAGAAACCACUAAUUAAGACAGUUAACAACUUUUUUUCACAGGAAGAUCAGUUAACUUUGGAGGAUAUAGAUGUCUUGAAUGUAGCAGCUAAUCAAUUUCUGGCUUUAAAAGAUCAAAACGCUUUGAAGCUUUUGGAGAUGACGAUGAAUGAAUUCUUAGAGGAAGACAUAAAAGUUUUGGAAAAAGCCUCAAAAAACGAAGAAAAUUUUGAAAAAACUGCCAAAGAACUUCUGAAUUUAAAAGCUAAAGAAGUUUUGGAAACAGCAGUAAAUAACCUCCUAACCUUGAGACGUAAAAGAGUAUUGUUGAUAUUAGGUAGCGGAGGCACGGGUAAAUCGACGUUUAACCGUUAUCUUGCUCGUCUUCUAUGGGAAAAAUACCAACAAGACAUGACGCAACCUAUUCCUUUAUUUAUCGCAUUGGCACCAUUAGAAAAAUUUAUAAAUCAAAAUCUGGAUUUUAUUGCAGCCUACUUACAGGAAAAGGGCAAUCUAUCCCCAGUUCAAAUUAAUGAAUUACGGAAUAGGAAGUUUGUAUUUAUUUUAGAUGGUUAUGAUGAGAUUGCUGAACGUGAUCGUCAUUGCUAUAACAGUAAUAUGUUCUCUGAAUGGAAAAAUGCAAAAAUUAUCAUCAGUUGUCGACCAGAAUACUUAAAUCAAGGCGAUGAAGAAAUGUUUUGGCCCAAAGAAAAUGGAAAAAGAGGGUUCCAGGAACUGACACUUACACCAUUUUCGCGGGCUGAAGUAGAACAAUAUAUCAAAAAUUAUGUUCGUUAUUUCAAAAAAAGCAAUUCAUUGCUAUGGGACGCAGACGAAUUUAUACGAAGCAUAAACAAGAUACCGCAAUUAGAAGAUCUUGUGUGCAAUCCCAUUCUUUUAAAAAUUACCUUGACUGUUUUACCAGGUAUUUUCAUAGACAGAGAAACAACAUCUCAGAUAAAUCAGAUAAAUCGUAAAGUUUUGUAUGAUGAAUUUCUUAAAAAAUGGUUUGAGCGUGCUCAAAAUCGCUUAAACAACAUUCAAUUGAAACCUGAAGAACGAAAAGAGUUUGAUCACUUAAAUAAUGAUUUUACUGAGCAUUGUCUACAAUUUGGUAAAGAAUUUGCGUUCAAGAUGUUUAUAGACAAUAAUAAAGUAGUUGUUAACCGUAGUCUAGAAAAGUUAGAAGAUACAAAUGUGAAAUGUCGCUUGAUGCGUUUUAGUAUGCCAUUAAUUCGACGUGGAAAUCAAUAUUGGUUCUUCCAUAAAUCAUUACGAGAUUACUUAAUUGCUUGUGCAUUGUUAGAUUCACUUAAUGAUGCGUCACAAUUAACUCUCUUUAAUAAGCAAUCGAUUAUACCAGAACCUGCAAUUCAAACCUUUUUGGCCGAAGGAGUUCAACAAAUGCCAGAGUACAAACAACCGAUGUUAAAUUUUAUUGAAUGUUCUAAAAAUAAUGCAAAUAUUCAAAUUGCUUCCACUAAUGCCAUUACAGUUGUAACACGUGCCAAAAUACAGCUUUCAAUAAAUUUAGACAAUAUUCGCAUUCAAGGGGCGAAUUUGAGCGAUGGAGUUUUUAAAAAUUUACAAUUUGUAAGAGCUGAUUUAAAUAAUAUCAAAGAACAAUACUUAGAAGCCGAUAAAAUUAAAUUUAACAUUGAAUCACCUAAACAUCCAAAUGACAUUGCAUCAGCAUUGACCUCGGCAUCAACAGAAAACUUAUCAUCGCAAGAACGAAGUUGUUAA